AUGAAACUUUUACAUAUUUUAUUCAUAUUAGGAACUACUUCAGCAAGCUUUUUUAGCUUCAAUAAACAGAACAAAAACGACGUAGUGCCACAGCAUCCUUUACCACAUACAGUCAAGAUAGAGCGUAACAACAGUUCUUUCAGCGUUUUGGGGAAACGUGAAGCAAAGAAAUUUAAUGAGUUCUGUUUUAAAGACAACCACAUCAUCGAUUCGUCAAAUGAUAUAUAUCAAUUAAACUUGCAUUGUUCCAAAAAGAUUAUUGGUAAUGUGGUGGUCUCGGCACAAUUUUCUGAAAAUGUUAUAGAUUUGCAAGACAUUGAAAGAAUUAACGGUGACUUGAUUAUUGAGAAUAACGUUCAUAUUACAAGAAUCAAUGCAAAUUCAUUGAAAUUUGUCACAGGUAACGUUCUGUUUAAUAGUCUAACUUCAUUAAUUACUAUCGACCUACCCAUUAUUGAGGACUGCAAUUCGAUUGAUUGGAAAGUUUUACCAAUCUUAAAUAAUGCAAACUUCAACAAUAAAGUCAUGGUACAUCAAAAUAUUAUUAUCUCAGACACGUCAAUCUCUAAUAUUGAAGGUUUUGAUAAGAUUAAGGAAAUUUCAAUCUUCAAUAUCAAUAAUAACAGAUUUUUAGAGACAGUUAAGACCAAUCUUAAAUUUGUCACCACUCAAUUCAGUGUUCACGCAAAUGCAAAGGAUAUAGAAUUAGACAUGCCCAUGUUACAAGAAGUUCAAAACGCCACCAUUAGAGACACAUCAUAUGUUUCCUUACCAAAUCUAGAGGUAGUGCACACAUCUUUAGAAUUUAUAGAGAAUGAUUUCUCUACACUUGAAGUUCCAAGUCUGAAAUUUGUUGGAGGUACUUUAAGUAUAAUGGAAAAUAAAAAUUUGAAGGACUUAAAUUUCAAUAACAUUACUGAAAUAGAAGGCGGAUUAAUGAUCUCACAUAAUAAGAAGUUGAAUGUCAUUGAUUCGUUCCAGAACUUGAAGAUGAUAGGUGGAGCCAUUCAUUUUGAAGGGGAAUUUAAUGACGCAAAAUUCAAUAACUUGAAACUUGUGAAAGGAAGUGUCUUCAUCAAAUCAAACUCGAACGAAUUGGACUGCAAUAAAUGGAUAGUCCCAUUGAAUGGUCGUUCCAUUAUUAGAGGAGGAAAAGUAAAAUGUAUCUCUCUGAAGAAGCAAUCUUUGAUUAGUGUAGAUGAAGACGGUAACGUUGUCGAGAAUAUAGAAGGUGGCAAUGAUUUAGACGGUCACAAGAAGACAAAUGAUACUGCAUCUUUAACCUUACCAUUGUCAUUAAUAAUAUCGAUUGCAAUAGUCAUAGUUAAUGCGCUUAUAUUAUAA